CAUGGAAAUGGAGAGUGUGUUUCUGAAUCAUGCCAUAGUUUUCCUGGAUUUCUGGGCCUUGAUUGUUCAAGAGCCUGCCCAGGAUUGUGUAGUGGCAAUGGGCAGUAUUCCAAAGGGCGCUGUCUCUGUUUCAGCGGUUGGAAGAGUACAGAGUGUGAUGUGCCUGCCACCCAGUGUACUGAUCUUCAAUGUGGGGGCCGUGGGAUCUGUAUCAUGGGUUCUUGUGCCUGCAACUCUGGGUACAAAGGAGAAAACUGUGAAGAAGCUGAUUGCUUAGACCCGGCCUGUUCCAGUCAUGGUGUGUGUGUCCAUGGAAGGUGCCACUGUAAUCCAGAAUGGUGUGGUAGUAACUGUGAAAUGCUGAAGACAAUGUGUCCAGACCAGUGCUCUGGUCAUGGGAUGUACCUUCAAGAAAGUGAUACCUGCACUUGUGACCCUAAUUGGACAGGUGUAGAUUGCUCAAAUGAAAUCUGUCCUGUGGACUGUGGCUCUCAUGGUGUUUGCAUGGGUGGAACAUGUCAUUGCGAAAAAGGUUGGACUGGACCAGCCUGCAAUCAAAGAGCCUACCACCCUCGCUGUGCUGAACAUGGAACCUGUGAAUGUAGCCAGAGGCGGAAUGGCAAGCGCUCUGCUGUCUUGGCUAAACCAGUUGUUGAGCGACAUGUAACGGCAGUUUGGGGGAAGAAUGUCACCCUGAAAUGCAUGAUUGAAAUAAGUGGAACAAUAAUACAAAUCUCAUGGGAGAAGAUACAUGGUAAAAGUAAACAGACCAUUGCUGUUCUUCAUCCUGAAGAUGGGUUUGCUCCUCAAGGAGAAUACCAAGGAAGAGUGUCAUUUAAGAACAACUCACUUACUGAUGCAACCAUCAUCCUACACAAUAUCAGCUUCUCUGAUUCAGGAGAAUAUGUAUGCAAAGCAGUUACAUUCCCACUAGGAAAUACUGAGUCAUCAACGACUGUAACUGUAUUGGUUGAACCGACUGUGAGCCUAACAAAGGGACCAAACUCUUUAAUAGAUGGUGAAAAUAAAAAAAUAGCAGCCAUUUGUACAGCAGCCACUGGAAAACCUGAUGCAGAUAUUGAGUGGGAAGGAGGUUUUGGAGAAGUGGAAUCCAUUUCUACUUUAUUUCCAAAUGAAACCGUGACAGUUGUUGCUCGGUACAAAGUCAUACCCACCAAAUUUGCCACAGGAAGACGCGUAACUUGUGUUGUGAGGCAUCCGGCUUUGGAAAAGGAACUGAGAUAUCCUUACACAUUGGACAUACUAUAUGCCCCUGAAGUUUCAAUAACUGGGUAUGAUGGAAACUGGUUCUUUGGAAGAGAGCAUGUUCGGCUCCGGUGUAAUGCUAACGCAAAUCCACGACCCACAGACUUUACAUGGACCAGGUUGGAUGGGCAAUGGCCUGAAGGUUUAAUGUCUUCAAAUAAUACUUUGCAUUUCAACCAUCCAUUGACUUACAAUUAUGCUGGGACUUACGUCUGUAAAGUGACCAAUUCGCUUGGACAAACAAGUGAUCAAAAGACGAUCUACAUUUUAGGUUGGAUGGGCAAUGGCCUCAAGGUUUAA